UAUGGGUGCUGUAGGGGGAUUUUGGGUGAGAUUUGGAGAUGAGAGGGGGUGGGAGAGUUAAGAGGUAGGAUUUUUGGGAGGGAUGAGGGUGAGAGAGGAGGGUGUUUGAGAGAGUGAAUUUUUGGGAGUGAUUUGGUAGUGUUGUGGGGGUUAUUAUGGUGGUUUCGGAAUAUGUAGAGAGGACUUGUAAAUUUGUAUUUUAUUGUUUAUUUUAUUAGAAAUAACGGUUUUGAAGGAAAUCUUUGCAAUAUUUGUAUUCUUAGGAGUAAACAUCCAUAACCCGGAUUUGCUAAUUCAGGAAAACUUGAUUAUCUUGAUUGGUUUUAGGAAAUUUAGCUUCACCCAUGUUUAUUGUUGAAUAACUUUGUAAAUGAGGAUAGUCUUAAAUGUUGGUUUUUAGCGCAAAUAUUAUCCUAAUCUUUGAAUUUGCUUGAUAAUGAUUUAAAAGCAAGGCACAGUUGUUGCCAUUUAGAGUCAAGAGUUAACCUUAAUCUGUAUUGCUUUCAUUAAUUUAACUUUAAAAAAUGUUUUACAUAGAAAGAACAGAACAAUAUCAUGAUAGAGAAAAGAAAAAGAUACAAAAAACCAAAUCCCUCUCACACACAUACAGCCCAGCCUUCUCUCAACACCAUCACCACACUCCGCAUGCGCAAAAGAAGCCCUCACCUUGAAGAAGCUAAGAGAAACCUCAAAAUUGUGCAAGACCUUAACAAGAAUUCCUCUCACAUCCCAAAAUCCACUCUGAAAACCCCUCGCCACAACCCUCGAGUAAAGCACCUGCCUGGAUCUUUCGUCGCUACUAUUAAAAGUAACAGAACAAAAGCUAGCUUUCUUACCCAGAAGACGCCUAAAGCAGUUCAGAAUUAUCCAAAUACUUCAUGGAGACAAGAGCAUCAUUUUUCAAAUAACCCUCAUGCCAAUUUCACCAUGAGGAACCAAAGACUUGACAAACUGCAAGAUCUCUCCCAGUGUGAUGACGUAGCUGAUGAAAAUGUGGAUAAAAGAUCUCUUUCCAGAGUUAACGACAGAAUAGUAAAUAGAGGAUCCAUAACAAACAAGCUGCAUAACAGUUUCGAGAACAUAUUUAAUGCUCCGAGGAAUAGUUUGAAGCAAAAACAGAGCCAUUUCAAGUUGACUUCAGCAAACUUGAUCCAAGUAAACCUGAAUAGCGCGGAGAAAGGUCCUGUGGGUUCCAGACUCCAAGGAAUAGUGUCUAAAAAUUAUUUUCCGCCAAUGCGAGUCAACAACACCAUGUCUAGAAUGGGUGGAAGUUUUACCCAGAGGCUUAGUCAAAGCAAUGGAUCUUAUGAAGCAGACACAGAGCUUAAACAGAAGAAGCUUCUUUAUUUAUCACAAAAACUCAUGAAGCUCAAAAAGAAAAAGCUCAUUAAGGAUCUUAAGCUUCUUUCUCAGAAGAUCUCCCAGAAUAUGAAGGAAAAGAAACAACAGAGGGAAAAGAAAAUACUUCGAUCAAAACUCUCGAAAAACUUUAAAGGAAAGAAGUUCGCUUGUAUUCUUUUCUUACAGAAAGUCUUUAAGAUCUUCUUGAAUCGCAGGACUUUAUCAAGAUCUCCAGUGAUGUCAAUCACCCAGCUCUCAGGCUCUUCAUUCCUUCGGGCUAAAUAUCUAGCGAAGGCAUAUCUUCUUGGUUGGAAGACGAGGAAGUUGCUCAACACAAAUGAAGUCAUGAACUAUAGAAUGAACAUAAAGGAUCUAUGAGAUUUUUAUGACUCUGAUCCUUCCCAGCAGAGGUUUAUCAAAAAGGCCAAGCACGAUUACAUUGAAGCUGUCCAUAAAUCUCUUAGUAAUCCGUCCUGGUGGAAGACAUUUAUUAAAUCCAAGUCUCUACAAGAGAAGCAAGAGAGAGUGCAAAGGAUGAGGGAAAGGAAUAAGCUCCUUAAAGAGCAACGCCUUGAUGUCUCUCCUUCUGACCAUUCUCAAUGGGAUCAUCCGCAAUCUUGAAAAUCUGGAAUGACAGUUGCCUUUGACUUCUCUUCAACCUUCAGCAAACCGAACGAAGAGCCUGCUAAAAUCUCGAUAAAAAGGCAAUCUGAAGUCCUUAAGCAUAAAAAGACUAAUUUCUUGAAAAGAAAAUCAAACCUCAAAUACGAUCCUGCAAAGUCUAUUAGGGAGGAAAAGAACCGGAUUAACAAACUUGUCCUGUCUGAUAAAAACUCAGAUGGAGGAGAGGUUCCUGGCACUAAUAAUUUUGGCAUUUAUACAACCGCUACAGCACUAAAGUUGAGCAGCAGGAUCCAGAAAGAGCAAGCUAGCACAAAAGAAAUAGUAGAUACUUCCAAAGGCUAUAUGGAUCAAAACAAGGCUUCAACAAAUGGUCAUUUUCAGAGCCUCGAGUAUCUUAAAAAGGUCCCAAGAAGAAUAGAUUGCUGGCUGAAUACGAAAUCUGAGAAAACCGAUCAAGAUAUGAGCACCCCUCGAUCUACACAAGAGAUUUGUUUCAGUACUCAACGAUCUUUGAAAGCAGGCAAGACCAAGAAAGGAAAGAUUAAUAAAAAUCUGGGCAUUCUCAAAGAACUUGCAGAAUUCUCGAAGAAGCAUCCGAUCAUUGGCAAGACACCUGAAAAGAGCUUGAAGAUACAACCCAUUAAUAAUGAUUUUAAAAUGAAGAAGAAAGUGGACGAGUUCAGGCUCAGUGGAAACAGCAUGGGUAUGACCAGCGUCAAAACUUCUCAGAUCUUGGUGAAGACGAACUAUGUUACAAGUUCUCCAGUCUCAGUGAAAGAUGCAACACCUUCUCAAGCUAUCCGCUUCAAAAAUGAGUCUGAGUGUCUGAACUUUCUAUUGGACCAUUUUAAACAUAAUCCUCGUGUCGGAAUCCUGAACUCUGAAGAAAAGAUGUGCCUGAAGGCUGAUAAAGAGAGUUUUAACCAGCUAGCAAGUUCAAAGUCACUUCACAAAAUCUAUAAAUUAAUGAACAAGAAAACUUCUAAAUGCAAGAAGAGAUUGGAAGCUGAGCUUGGAAAAUAUAUUGAUAGUCUCAAGAAAGAUUACGCUGCUAUUUUACAAAGAAAAUCUAGGAAGACUCAGAUUAGGGGAAAUCAGAUAUACACUGAGGUAGCAGAAGAGUAUCAAAGCAAUCCAUCAAAAGAAGAGCAAGGAUCAAGCGCCAGAAAGACUCCUAUUAACUCAGAGUAUCUCAUCGAAGCACCAAAGAGCUCCUUAAGAAGUUCAAUGAAGAGUACUAACAAAAAUCUCGAACAAAGCCAAGAAAAACAGUAUAACCUAAGAUUUUCUGUGCACACAAAAUUAUCAAAAAUAUACCCUCGUCUGAACAGGGGUCAACCAGAUCACUCAGCCACAAAGGAAUUGAGGAAAAGGAACUCAUUAUUAUCGAAGCUCAAUUCAGAAGAAUAGAAACACAAUGAAAUUAAGUCCUAAAGAUGAGC